AUGCAAGAAUAUAAACCUAACGAACAAAGCCAGCGGAAUGAACAACGAGAAAUUGGCAACAGUGCUCCACCAUACGGGAUCGGAGAAGACAGUAUAUGUGGAUUGAAUCCGCACCUUUCCCAAUGGACGACCUUAAAAAAGACAUCUUUGGAAGACCUCGGAAAGGCACUU